AUGUCUAACGCUGAGGACGAUCUUGUCCCCGAGUCCGUGGAGGGCUACACCGUAGGUGAAAAGAAAACCAUCCAAGAAUACACCAAGUUGGAUGCCGAAGACGAAAGUUUGGCCAAGUGGAAGGCGUCGUUGGGUUUAAGCGACGACUCGUCUGCCUACCCCGUCAAGGCAGGCGACACCAGAAAAGUGGUCGUGGUCGAGUUGGGAUUGGAGUUCCCGGAACAGCCUGAGUUGAAGCCCAUUGUCAUCAACUUGGAGGACGCCGACGGUAACACCAUCGCUGGCAAAGAGAUCAAGUUCUCCAUCAAGGAGAGGGCCGUGUACCAGUUGGUGGUCAAGUUCCGUGUCCAGCACGAGAUCGUCACAGGAUUGAAGUACUUGCACUCCGUCAAGAAGGCAGGCAUCAGGGUGGAGAAGCUCGAGGAGCCUUUGGGUUCUUACGCCCCCAACACCAAGGACAAGCCUUACUACGAGAGAAAGUUCCCGGAAGUGGAGGCUCCUUCAGGAAUGUUGGCCAGAGGCAACUACUCCGCCACCUCCAAGUUCGUGGAUGACGACAAGCACACCCACUUGACAGUGCCAUGGUCAUUCACCAUCACAAAGUAG